CACUUCCUGGCCGGAGGUUGGCCCCGGCCCCGCCCCCUCGCUUCUCCCAUUGGCCGCCGCGCACCUGCCCGUCCGUCGGGGGGCGGGGCGGGGGGCGGGGCGCGGCGCCCAGGUGAGGGCGCGCAGCGGCCGCGGAGGAAGGUGACAGCGGGGACGGCGGGAGGGGGGCGGCCGCGCGCGGACCGUCCCGCGGGCCGACAGACGGACGGACAGAAGGGCAUGCGGGAGGCCCGGCUCUAGCCCAGGCGCGGGGCUCCGGCGGCCGCAGCCAUGGAGCGGCGGCUGCGCGCGCUGGAGCAGCUGGCGCGGGGCGAGGCCGGCGCCGGCCCGGGACUCGACGGCCUCCUGGAUCUGCUGCUGGGGCUGCACCAGGAGCUCAGCAGCGCCCCCCUGCGGCGGGAGCGCAACGUGGCGCAGUUCUUGAGCUGGGCUGGCCCCUUCGUCUCAAAGGUGAGAGAACUGCGGCUCCAGAGAGAUGACUUUGAGAUCUUGAAGGUCAUCGGCCGAGGGGCCUUUGGGGAGGUGGCGGUGGUGCGGCAGAGAGACAGCGGACAGAUCUUUGCCAUGAAAAUGCUGCACAAGUGGGAAAUGCUAAAGAGGGCCGAGACCGCCUGUUUCCGGGAGGAGCGAGAUGUGCUGGUGAAGGGGGACAGCCGCUGGGUGACCUCCCUGCACUAUGCCUUCCAGGACGAGGAGUACCUGUACCUGGUCAUGGACUACUACCCCGGCGGGGACCUCCUCACCCUGCUCAGCCGCUUCGAGGACCGCCUGCCGCCCGAGCUGGCGCAGUUCUAUCUGGCCGAGAUGGUGCUGGCCAUCCACUCGCUGCACCAGCUGGGCUACGUGCACAGGGACGUCAAGCCGGACAAUGUCCUCCUGGACAUGAACGGGCACAUCCGCCUGGCCGACUUUGGCUCCUGCCUGCGUCUCAACAACAGUGGCAUGGUGGAUUCAUCCGUGGCCGUGGGGACGCCCGACUACAUCUCCCCCGAGAUCCUGCAGGCCAUGGAGGAGGGCAAAGGUCACUACGGGCCCCAGUGUGACUGGUGGUCACUGGGGGUCUGUGCCUAUGAGCUGCUCUUCGGGGAGACGCCCUUCUACGCUGAGUCCCUGGUGGAGACCUACGGCAAGAUCAUGAACCACGAGGACCAUCUGCAGUUCCCACCUGACGUGCCCGACGUGCCGGCCAGCGCCCGAGACCUCAUUCGCCAGCUGCUGUGCCGCCAGGAAGAGCGGCUGGGCCGUGGGGGGCUGGACGACUUCCGGAAGCACCCCUUCUUCGAAGGCGUGGACUGGGAGCGGCUGGCCAGCAGCACUGCCCCCUACAUCCCCGAGCUACAGGGGCCCAUGGACACCUCCAACUUCGACGUGGAUGAUGACACUGUCAGCCCCCCAGGGACCCUGCCACCACCAUCCCACGGCCCCUUCUCUGGCCACCACCUGCCAUUUGUCGGUUUCACCUACACCUCAGCCAGCCUGAGCCCCGUGAGCAGCUCGGAGCCGGUGUCAACGCUGGAGCACGAGAAGGCUGAGCUGCGCCAGAAGCUCCAAGAGACGCUGACAGACAGCAAGACCCCCGGGCCGCAGAGCGACCGGCCCCUCGCGGGCAGCCCAGGCGAGGGUGGCCAUGAGCACCUGCGGCAGGAGCUGGCCGAGGCCCAGGCCCAGCUGCGGGCGCAGGCUCAGGAGCUCCGCAGUGCUCUCGGCCGGCAGGAAGAGCUACUCCGGGGGCUGCAGGAGGCGCAGGGGCGCGAGGAGGCCGCGACCAGCCGCGUGCAGGCCCUGAGCACACAACUAGACGAAGCCCAGGGGGCCCGGAGGGAGCUGCAGGCACAGGUGGCCACGCUGAGUCGGGAGGUUUCACGGCUCCAGACCCAGCAGGAGCGGAGCCCCGAGAAGGAGCGCACCCCAGUCAAGAACGUGCACACGGCCGCAGAGACCAACGGCACAGGGGCAGCCCCGAGUGGCCCCCAGGAAGUCCAGCUCAGGCGGGAGCUGGCUGCACUGCAGACACAGCUGGAAGAGGCCCGUGGCCAGGGGUCCCAGGGCAAGGAGGAGGCCCUGUGCCGGCUGCAGGAGGAAAACCGGAGGCUGAGCAGAGAGCAGGAACGGCUGGUAGAAGAGCUGGAGCGGGAGCAGCAGAGCAAACAGCGGCUGGAGGGCGAGCGGCAGGAGACGGAGAGCAACUGGGAAGCCCAGAUUGCCGACAUCCUCAGCUGGGUGAAUGACGAGAAGGUGUCCAGGGGCUACCUGCAGGCCUUGGCCACCAAGAUGGCUGAGGAGCUCGAGUCCCUGCGCAACGUGGGCACCCAGACGCUCCCUUCCCGGCCGCUGGACCACCAGUGGAAGGCCCGGCGGCUGCAGAAGAUGGAGGCCUCAGCUCGGCUGGAGCUGCAGUCGGCCCUGGAGGCCGAGAUCCGCGCCAAACAGGCACUGCAGGAGCGGCUGACGCAGGCGCAGGCGGCGCAGCUGCAGAGCGAGAGCCGUCUGCAGGAGGCUGAGAAGCGGAACCAGGGGCUGCAGCAGGAACUGGCAACGCUGCGGGAGGAGCUGCAGGCCCGCAGGGCUGGCGACUCGAGAACCUUCAACGCCUUGAUUCCCUUCCUGACCUUCCGGAACUCGGAGAAGGACACCGCCAAGGACCCUGGCAUCUCACCAGAGACCCCGAAGGGGCUGGAGCCAGAGCUGAGGCCCGAGGGCCGCCGCAGCCUGCGCCUGGGGGCUAUGUUGCCCAGAGCGCCAGCCGCGGCCACCUCACCCACAGAUGGUCAGCCUGCCAAGCCCGGCUCUCACACGCUGCGUGCCCGGAGCUUCCCCGCCCCCACCAAGUGCCUACGCUGCACGUCGCUGAUGCUGGGCCUCGCCCGCCAGGGCCUGGGCUGUGAUGUCUGCGGCUACUUAUGCCACUGGGCUUGUGCCUCCCAGGCACCCCCCUGCCCCGUGGCCCCCGACCUCCUCCGCACAGGCCUGGGAGUGCAUCCUGAAACGGGCACGGGCACAGCUUACGAGGGCUUCCUGUCGGUGCCCCGGCCGUCGGGGGUGCGGCGGGGCUGGCAGCGGGUGUUUGCCGCCCUCAGCGACUCCCGCCUGCUACUGUUCGAUGCCCCCGACUCGCGGCUCAGCCCGGCCAAUGGCGCCCUUCUGCAGGCUCUGGAUCUGAGGGACCCUCAGUUCUCAGCCACCCCUGUCCUGGCCUCUGACGUCAUCCACGCCCAGACCAAGGAUGUACCACGCAUUUUCAGGGUGGCGGCUUCACAGCUGACGGUGCCCCCAGCCACGUGCGUGGUGCUGCUGCUGGCCGAGAGCGCGCAGGAGCGGGAGCGCUGGCUGCAGGUGCUGGGUGAGCUGCGGAAGCUGCUGCAGGACGCGCGGCCCCGGCCCCGGCCCGUGUAUGUGCUCAAGGAGGCCUAUGACAAUGGGCUCCCGCUGCUGGCACAGACGCUCUGCGCCGCCGUGCUCGACCAGGACCGACUCGCCCUGGGCACCGAGGAGGGGCUCUUUGUCAUCCAUCUCCGCAGCAAUGACAUCUUCCAGGUGGGUGAGUGCCGGCGGGUGCAGCGUCUGGCCGUGAGCCCCACGGCGGGCCUGCUGGCGGUGCUUUGCGGCCGUGGCCCCAGUGUGCGCCUCUUUGCCCUGACGGAGCUGGAGAGCGCGGACGCCACAGGAUUCAAGAUCCCGGAGUCGCGGGGCUGCCAGGCGCUGGCGGCUGGGAGCAUCCUGCAGGCCCGCACCCCCGUGCUCUGCGUGGCCGUCAAGCGCCAGGUGCUGUGCUACCAGCUGAGCCAGGGCCCGGCUCCCUGGCAGCGCCGCAUCCGCGAGCUGCAGGCACCAGCGCCCGUGCAGAGCCUGGGGCUGCUGGGAGACCGGCUGUGCGUGGGCGCGGCUGGCACCUUCACCGUCUACCCGCUGCUCAAUGAGGCCGCACCCAUAGCCCUGGGAGCCGGGCUGGUGCCCGAGGAGCUGCCACCGUCCCGCGGGGGUCUGGGCGAGGCGCUGGGCGCCGUGGAGCUGAGCCUAAGCGAGUUUCUGCUGCUUUUCACCACUGCCGGGGUCUACGUGGACAGCGCUGGCCGCAAGUCUCGCGCCCACGAACUGCCGUGGCCAGCAGCGCCCACGGGCUGGGGCUACGCGGUCCCCUACCUGACAGUGUUCAGUGAGAACGCCCUCGACGUGUUCGACGUGAGGCGAGCGGAAUGGGUGCAGACCGUGCCCCUCAAGAAGGUGCGACCCCUGAACCCAGAGGGCACCCUGUUCCUCUACGGCACCGAGAAGGUCCGCCUGACCUACCUCAGGAACCAGCUGGCAGAGAAGGACGAGUUCGACAUCCCCGAGCUCACCGACAACAGCCGGCGCCAGCUGUUCCGCACCAAGAGCAAGCGCCGCUUCUCCUUCCGCGUGUCUGAGGAGCAGCGGCAGCAGCAGCGCAGGGAGAUGUUGAAGGACCCAUUUGUUCGCUCUAAGCUCAUCUCAGCGCCCACCAACUUUAACCACCUGGUGCAUGUGGGCCCUAAUGAUGGGAAGCCCGCCCCCAGGAACCCGUCCUCGGCUCCUGAAGAGAAGGGCCGAGGUGGCCGCAGCUCAGGCCCACAGCGACCCCAUAGCUACUCAGAAUCCCCGCGGCGCCCAGCGUCCAUGGGCAGUGAAAUGCUCAGUGCGGUUGCCGACUCGAUGAAACGGAAGCCUUGGACGUCUCUGUCCAGCGAGUCUGUGUCCUGCCCCCAGCGGUCUCUGAGCCCUGCAGUGUCGCUGGUGCAGGUCUCCGAACGGCCCCGGAGCCUCCCCCCAGCCCCCGAAUCCGAGAGCUCCCCUUGAUUGCUCUGCAGGACCCACCCCAAUCCUGAACAGAGCACGGAAAGAGCAGAAAACGUGAAGAGGCCGGAAUCCGGCGGGUCCGGAUGGACUCAGGGAGGACAUAGGUGG